GGGCGUGGGCGUUGGACGACGUCUUUGGUCUGGAGUGGAGAGAAGGGAGUGCAGGCGUGGGUAGGGGAUGGGUAUGUGAUAGGUGCGCUUAUUAUGAGGUACAUUGGGCGUUGUUGUUGCCCGCGAGGCUGAGGGACUGGGGGGUCCUUCAUUCUCGGUUGAGGUCACGUGCGCUGACCGGUUAACCCCACCUUCGAGACGACUGCCUGCGUCGAGGCAGGAUCUGUCCUUGAUCACCACACUUUCUAUGUUCCUUGCUCUUUUGAAGAUGGCCGAUGGCGUUCUUUGUGAUUUAUGCCUGAAAAUGGUCUUCGGAAAAUUGGAUAUGUGGACCGGAAUGAGAGAAAUCCGAACGUAUGACGAUUUGGAACAGUCAGCCUCGGUCUUUUCGUGCCCAUUUUGUAAAGCUUUCAUGAGAGAACUUUUGGACAAAAGUCUCUCCAAGAGAUUAGAUAUUUUAGUAUUUGUUGCUCGGCGUGAACUUUAUAGCCCGACGGGGGUACGUGGCUCACCACGAGUCGUCCAGACAAGAGUGAUGAUCGAAAGGCAGCCUAAGAUACUUCCGGAAGAUGAGAUGAUAGGCCCUUGGUUCAUUGGCUAUGCCCAUCGCAACAAUCAAGAGGAAUGGAGUAAUUUCCAUCGAGAUCCGAAUUGGCAAUCUCAUCGCAUGGAUCUGGACAACAGGUUUGAGAUUAUCGAUCGCUGGCUUGCUGAGUGCACUCAGGGGGUUGACUCGCAUACGAUGUGUUGUGACAUUACGUCUAUAGGCUAUCCAACUCGUUUACUAGACUUGAGGGGGGUCGAAACAGCCGGAUACAUAACUCUGGUAGAAACUGAGGGGUGGUCGAAACCGUCACCAGAGUACACCACUCUAAGUCAUUGCUGGGGCCACACAGAUGGUCCACGUCCAUUGGAAACCACCUCAGAGAACCUCGAAGCGCACAAGCGACAAAUUCAGAUACAGGAUCUACCACGAACCUUCCAAGACGCUGUCAGAAUUACCCUCCGUCUGGGCAAAGCUCUCUUAUGGAUUGACAGCUUGUGCAUCGUCCAACAUGACAAAAAAGAUUGGGAGACGGAAGCCAACAAAAUGGGCGUGAUCUAUGAAAAUUCUUUCUUGACAAUCGCCGCAAUAUCAGCCGAGAACUGUGAAGGUGGAUGCAGUAUCGAGCCCUGGACGUGGAGUACCAUCGAAGGCAAAGUCCCAAAUGGUUUCAAGGACCACGGAAACAGGAGUCUUUCUGACGCAGACUAUAUAAUCAAGCUCAGACCCAGUUGGGAGCAAUGGAAGGAGAACUACUAUCCUCCUCUGCUUAGGCGUGGAUGGGUGUUACAAGAGAUGUGCUUGUCACGACGUGUUCUCUACAUGGCUGCCGGAGAGAUGCUCUGGCAAUGCCGAGGCGGUCUUGACCACGAAAAUGUAGAUCUCCACCCACAUUGGCACCACUACUGCAAACAAUAUCUUGGCUUUGUUGACAUCAUCCCACAUAGAGGGGACGAUCGGGCUACCGUAUGGUGUUCCAUCGCCCAAAAUUACUCAAGGAUGAACUUUACUCAUGUAUCAGACAAGCUACCAGCAUUAGCUGGUAUACUUGAGUAUUACACCUCACGCCAUAUACAAGAGCAGCCUUUACUUGGAUUGUGGAGAAAAUCUAUCGCAUAUGGUCUAGCGUGGAUUAAAACGACACGAAAAGCAGAUGAUCGAAUAAAUGGGUUGCCCACCUGGACGUGGCUCUCCUCGCGAUCUCAGAUUGAAAUACAUCCUCCGAAGGUUCAUCUUGUUCGUGCCCUCGAGCUUGACAGCUGGAGCAUUGAAUGGGAACGCCAACCUUACGUGUCGAAGCUCCUUGCCGGCACACUCAACGUGAGCAGCAAGAUAAUCCAGUUCAAGCUUCAUAAUAAUGUCUACGAAGCAGACAUAGCUCGCGAGAACUUUCUCGAAGCUUACGCGGGAUGUCCUCUGAGGAUCAUGGUCGAAUUCGAUAGCGAUGUGAAAUCUACAAUUAUCGAAGGACAGGACGUGGUCCUUUCGUACCUGCUGCUGGGUUUCGACGAUUGUUCUUGGUUAAAGCUAUAUUUUCUGGCAUUGCUACCCGCUCCGGACGAUCCCUCAAAGUAUAUCCGCAUGGGAUGUGGGUAUACUUACUUCGACAAGCCGGAGGAAGACGAGAUGACACCGGAGCUCGUAGAAUUUCUUGGCGAUUCCAAAGACUGUUUCAAUAAUCAAGCCACCAUGGACUAUUUUCUCCGAGACUGGAAGGACGCUUCUCUCACCCUCUGCUAAGAUCCGGCGAUAUCACUGCGGCCUUGCAAGAUUCACAUAUCCACCUCCACAACGAAUUCGUCGUGUCAACUCUUUUACGCCAACGGCUCCACGCUACUACUUCUAAGGAUUCACGAUCAUCACGCGACUACGUGAGCAGUAGGCAAGAAGAUGCACAGGCGACGAGAGGAACACCAUGUCACAGGUUGGAGAUGGAUGAUUCGGGCAUUGGCUUUGAUUGGAGACGCAAUAGGAUGGUGUUGGAUGAGGAAUUGUGUUGGGAUAGGGGCUUUUCUUUGAGUUUCUCUGGGUACAGGAUUUGGUAUUUCGAGUGGCGCCCAGGGUUUUCCUUUGUAGUGAGCAGAGUAAAUGUGUAAUCGGGAGCUUGAAGCCAUCGCGGAUUUGAAUGUAGGCGUACCUGGUCACAACGAUAUCUUACUCUUUGUCG